AUGACAUUCAAUGAGGACGAUGAACGCCUCUACUCUGAGGCCUUUGACCUGGAGGCUCUGCUCACCCCAACACCACCAGGAGGAGUUCAAGAGCCUGAGCCCCAGGACAUCCUGGUGGAGUCCAUCAUCCAGCCGCCUUCUCCUCUGGAGGAGAGUGCAGUGGUGCGGGCUCUCCGCGAACAGCUCCGAGAAGCAUGGGCUGAAAUCAGCUCUCAGGCUGAGGUGAACAAGGCCCAAGAGCUGAAGCUCCAAACUCAGCAACAACGGGCUGACGACUCUGCCGCUGAGCUGCUGGAGGCAAAGAGGAAGCUCCAAACCACAGAGAGCAGCUUUAGGGAGCUGACCAAAGACUUUGGGGAUAUCCGCUACCUGUACAACAAGGCGGUGUCUGACACGGCCAACCAGGCCAAGAGCUCGGCCAUGGACACAGAGGGACUCUCUCAGCGGGACAUGUCCAGCCAAACAUCUCCUGAGGACUUUGUCUCAGAGCUGCAGCAGCUGAAGCAGCAGCUCAGAGCCACACAACUAAAGUUACAGCAGGAGGCCAACGACUUUGGAGAGAUGCGGAUCCUCUUCAACUCUGCUGUGUCUGACAAGGUCACUCUGAGGCAAGAGCUCACCUCUGCUGAGAAGACCAUCGUAAGACAGAAGAAGAGACUGGAGGAGCAGGACGCUGUGAUAUGUGAUCUGCAGCUGAAGACGAGUGACCACAACUGUGGACGAGCCUGCAGCAGGAGCCGCUCUAAAGCAGCUUCCAUCCAGACAACAGCCCAAGAGAAGGAGCUCAACGAGAUGAAGGAGAUGACUUCACAGGAGGAGGUCUUCUGCCUCAUCAUAGAGAAAGAGCGCAUUCUGAAAGCUCUGGGGAGGCCUGAGGAGCAGCAUGGACACAGGCCACAGAGACCAGCAGGAGUAGGGGACCAGAGGGGAGCGUCCAGGCGCUGUCAACACUAA